AUGCCUGUGAUCUGUGCAGCUUACGGAUGCAAUAGUCAGCUUGUCAAGGGAGGUGGAAUUUCUUUCUUUGCCUUUCCAAAAGAUGCGACCACGAGGAAAGUCUGGCUUCAUUAUUGCAAGAGGGACUUCGAUCUCAAGUACCACCACAAACUGUGCAGUAAGCAUUUCUCCAAAUGCAUGUUUGAUCGAGACCCAGAGAAGUUGGCGAGCCUGGGCUAUGAAAAUGCAGUAGCACGGCUAACAACAGGUGCUGUACCGGACAUUCCCCUGUCAAUUGAGAUAUCGAGUCCUUUGUCUGAAGUACCGAAACAACAACAACAACAGUCUGUUCGACCUGUCAGCACACCCCACAGAAAAGCUUUCACAAAACGUAACAGGAAGAGGGCACUGGAUGAACUCCUGGAGGAAUUCGAAAAAGACAAGGAAAAUGCUGAUCCUGAGACAUCUGGAGAAAAUAGCCAUUUACCUUCUGAAGCUGAAAGCUUUCAAGUGAUGACAGAGAAGGUUGUUAUAGAAGCACCUGUAACUAGAUCAGUGGCAACCCAAAUUGGAAAGGCACCCUUGAAGACAAUAUCUAAGAGGUGA